UGUUGAAAUUUACACAAUUCUUAUAAGUAAACAUCACAAUAUUAACAACCGGUUCAAGUGUUAAACGAAUUUAUUUUGUGUUACUUUUUUUAAUGUAUGGUUAAGUUCUCAAACAUGAUGAAGUUGUAUAAAGAAAGACUCCUCUCCGAUGCCCAGUUAAAACGAUUAGGUGAACAUCAAUAUUCGUGUCAAAGUGUUAGUAUUUUGGACAAAUUGUUGCAACCGUAUUGGAAUUGGUUAACGUCGAAGGUGCCCCUUUGGUUAGCACCUAACCUCAUUACAAUUUUGGGGCUCAUUGUAAAUAUUGUCACGGCUUUAAUUCUUAUAUGGUUUUCACCAGACGCAAAACAGGAAGCUCCCCGAUGGGCGUGCGGCCUAUGCGGCUUCGGCCUUUUCGUGUAUCAAAGUCUGGACGCCAUCGACGGGAAACAGGCCCGAAAAACCGGCACUGCGAACCCUUUGGGUGAGCUCUUCGACCACGGCUGCGAUUCGAUAUCAACAGUUUUUGUGGCCUUGUCCGCAUGUAUUGCCGUCCAGCUGGGGUAUUAUCCCGGAUGGAUGUUUUUUCAGUGUUUUUGUGCUAUGACGCUUUUCUAUUGUGCGCAUUGGCAGACGUACGUUUCCGGAACGUUACGUUUCGGGAGGAUCGACGUGACGGAGGCACAAUACACCAUCAUGGGAAUCCUCCUCUUGUCGACGAUUUUCGGACCCAGUGUUUGGUCCACGAAGUUUUUUAGCGGUACUGUUUGCUUAUGGUACUUAAUUCCAUUAAGCACUUUAAUAUGCGGCCUGUGGUCGCUUUACCAAAGUAUUAUUGUGAUAUUCACCGGGGGUGUCGGCAAGAACGGAUCAACAGUUGCUGUUUUCGGGUUUACUUUCCAUUGGGCUCACGUGAUGUGUACUGCUUUUUACCUGGGAUUUUUCCAGUUGUUUUACACUUUUUUCGAAAGUAUCAAAAUGGGAGGAUGCGGCAAGAACGGAUCCACAGUUGCUGGAACAAGUGUCUUAUCACCGGUCAUCCCCUUUUCAAUGGUAUUGGUACCAGCCUUUAUUAUUUAUCAAAAGUCAACACAACAUGUGUAUGAGGAACAUCCAGCGUUGUAUGUUUUGGCUUUCGGAUUAGUUGCUGCGAAAGUAACCAAUCGUCUUGUGGUUGCUCAUAUGACUAAAAGUGAGAUGGAUUAUAUGGAUUGGUCGCUUCUAGGACCCGCUAUGCUCUUUUUAAACCAAUAUUUCAAUACUUUCAUCAGAGAAUAUUACAUUCUAUGGCUGUGCAUGAUUUGGGUAAUCGUGGAUUUGCUGCGCUACUGUUACCAAAUUUGUCAGGAAAUCUGUGAUUUCCUCCACGUCGAGUUAUUUAGAAUACCUUAUCCUGGGGGACCUCAGCGAGUGGUUACGCUCCCUUCAGAGAAAAAUGGUAAAUCUGAAAAGAAAAUACAUCUUUCUGAUGGAGAAGACGUUGUGCCUUUGUUACAAUCGGAAGAAAAUUCGUAAACAUUUCCACUGCUGCCGCAAUUUGUGCCUUGAUCGCUUACAAAACAUAUUUUGUAAACAUUUAGUAGUAUUACCAUUUUUUAACUUAUUUUCAAUUGUAUGAUUUGUGUCGAUAUCACAUUAAAUUGUUUUUCCAUAA